ACCGAGCGAAAAGACCCCACUGUGGUUUGUUUACAUCUGUCAGCUGAUCCACAAGAAACCAGCCUUUCACUAGCUAAUGCGAAACCCGUAAAGUGCAUUUCUUUGAUCAUUUGCAAAACACGUACUCAGGGAAGAUUUAAAUUCACCUCUCCAACAAUGUCUCAGCCUCAAGAGACAGGAUCAGAGCAGAAGGAGCAUAUUGCCAAGCAGCUGGCAGAAGACUAUGCCAAGUAUUUCAUUGUUGAUACAACAAAAGAGAGAGGUGCUCUUGAUCAUGAGUUAGAAUCUAUGCUGACUAGACUUGAGGAAUAUGGAAGUCUCCUGGAUCGGACCCGAGGAGAAAGUCGACACACUUUGGAUAUACUAGUACCCCAAGUUUACUCACAUUAUCAAGCCCUACAGCGAACAUUCCAGAGUAUAGACAAUUUGGAAACCUUAGUGAUGAGGGUAAAGAAUGACCUUGGGAAGAUGGAAGCAGCUGUAGAACGAGCAGAGGCGGACCUUGGGCCUGCUCAUGGCUUAACAACAGUGAUACGACCUCUGUUUUUUAAAAGAGACCACCAUCAAACACCAAGACCCACAGGAUCACAGCUCACUUUCCAGCCACCCGAGAUCUUUCACACACAAGACUUCUUUGAAACACAGGAUAAACAUACUUCUGGUGAAAGGCCAAAAGUUCAAAGCUAAAAUUGUAAUCUUGUAUUCUUUUUUUUUUUUAUUUUUUUUUUUUUUUUCUCUCAAACCAUUAUUGCCUUACUGUUACUUAUGAGGUUUAAAAGUCUCAUGGACUUGGUCAAGGAUAUCCCAUAUAUUGUGUCUUAUUUGAGUCAUUGUUCUGUCAGUAGUGAACUAGUAAAUCUUUCUUCUUUUCAGUAGUCAGAGUGACUGCAUAUCACUAUUUUACAGUAAUAAACUUUUAUUGCAAAUGAGUAAAGUAUAGAUUCAUUAGCUAUGCCAACACACAAGUGUGAUUGUACAAUUGCAAGCAUACUUGCACACACAUGCACAUGCAAAAACCUUAAUUAUACCUACACCCAUAAGCCCCUCCACACAUCCACAUCCACAUCCACACCUAACCCAUACUCUUUCACCUUCACAUACACUCACACCUACACCCAGACCAACAUCCACACACCAACAUCCACACCCACACCCAUACCCAUAC